AUGCCAAGGAGGAACCUGUGUGAACCCUUGGACGCACCCGCACAUGGAACAAUUGCCUGUGGGGCUGGAUUCCCGUUCUAUGAGUGCACGGCCUCUUGCGACCCUGGGUACGAGUUCUCUAACAAGAUGACGACGGACAAACGCGAGUGUGACCAAAUGUUCGGGGAUUGGUUUGACCCACCCGGAAUGGACAUCCCUGACUGCCAGCCGUCGUGCAGCCCUGCCUGUCAGAACGGGGGCUCGUGCCUGCUGCCCAACACGUGCGGAUGUUCCAACGGCUUCAUGGGCGCCCAGUGCCAAUACCCGGCAAAUAACUGCGCAUCCCCACCGACUCCUCAAAACGCUCAGGUCACGUGCCAGCAGGACACUUCCGGUGCUCGGUGCACAGUUGCAUGUAACCAGGGAUACAAACCCCUAUGGGCCAUCGCCCCGAGUUUCACGUGUUCCCCGGACGGAACUUGGUCGCCCGAUCUGGCUGAGAUCCCGGGUUGUGUGGAUGAGUCGACACCCAUCAACGAGACCCACAUCCCGAGCCCUACCCACCCACACACCGGAAGUGCGCGGUGCGUGGCCUGGGGUCAGGACCACUACCGGACGUUCGACAACAAGAUCUACCACUACAAGGGAGCGUGCAAUUACGUGCUUGUCAAGGAUGCGGUCGCCAACAGCUUCCAAAUACAUGUGGCCAAUGAUAAGAACUGCCAGCAGGGACACAGGUGUAAACGUGAGCUAGACAUUUACAUGGGUAACGAUCGGAUCUCUUUGAAGCGUGAUAACAGCGGCCCUGUCGUCACGUACAACGGCGCGGUGGUGCCCGUCCCCUCCAGCAAGGGUGUGGUCAUCUUCGAGAAGAUCAGCUCGUACAUCGUGGUGAGGAGUAGCAUCGGCUUUCAGAUCCGUUGGGACACGUAUGAGAUGGUGUUUGUGACUGUCACGGAUGUCCUGCUUGGCAAGACAAAGGGUCUAUGCGGCACAUAUGACGGGGACCAGACGAACGAUUUCACCACGGACACAGGAAAUGUUGUUACCCAGGCACCGGCCUUCGUCACCACGUGGAAACGCUCAUUUGCCGGGGAAACAUGCGCUGACCUGCCCCAGACCGGAUGCAACGCCGCAACUCCCCAGGUUUUAGCCACCGCAACUUCCACAUGCGAGGCGCUAAUGGAAACCGAAUUUGAAAUAUGUCACCAUGCCGUUCCACCAGCGGCGUACAUCUCCGCCUGUAAGGAGGACUGCUGUGACUCUUCCGGUCAAGACUGCCUGUGUAGCUCGUUUGAAGCGUACUCUCGCGCAUGCCUGGAACAUAACAUAAGGCUGGACUGGCGCUCGGAUAACAGAUGUCACGCCCAGUGCCCGGGUAACCAGAUCCACAAGGAAUGCGGUAGCAUGUGCCAGAAGACGUGCCAGUCCCCGAGCUCAGCGUGCGAAGAUCACUCGUGCAUCGACGGCUGUUUUUGUCCGGACGGCAUGGUUCUUCUCAAUGAUCAGUGCGUCCAGAAGUCCGAGUGUCCGUGCAUGCUGAACGGAGUGGAAUACCGGAACGGCGAACAGGUGCCCAAGGAGUGUAACAAGUGCACGUGCAUGAACGGCGCGUGGCAGUGUACGAACAAGCGCUGCGAUGCGACGUGUUCCGCUAUCGGCGAUCCUCACUACAUGACGUUUGACGGAAAGCGGUACGACUUUAUGGGAGUGUGCUCCUAUUACAUGAUCCACGACCCGGGGACUUUCGACAUCAUCGUAGACAACAUCAAGUGUGGACACGGGGGCGAGUACUCCUGCACCAAGAGUCUCAGUAUCGACAUCAGUGGACACCAUAUCAAGAUGGACCACAACCACCAGCUGUUCGUGGACGGCGAGGAAAUUACCAAGACUCCGCACGAAAAUGACGGCAUCAAGGUCUUUAUGGUCUCCUCGCUCUUCAUGAAGGCCGAGCUGUCCAAUGGAAUCACCAUACUGUGGGACGGACGGACCCGCGCCUACAUCACCGCCCCACCCUCCUUUAUCAACAAAACACAGGGUUUGUGCGGAACUUACGACUCUAACCAGAAGAACGACUUUAAAACCAGGGAAGGCGACAUCGAGACUAUGCCUAGUGCCUUUGGAAACCGCUGGAAGACGGUUCCUACGUGCAAGGAUGCCGGACCGCUCGUCAACCCGUGCGACACGUAUGUGAACCGGAAGAACCAGUCAGCCCAGUAUUGUGCAUACCUUCCGAAGUGAUGUCUUUCAAGGUCGUGUGCCAAUACUGUAGACGUGGAUUCGUUUUACCACGCUUGCAUGUUUGACGUGUGCUCGUGUACAGAGAACGUGAAGGACUGCCUGUGUCCGAUCCUGGGAGAGUACGCUGCACAGUGCGUGGCUGCCGGCGUCGAGAUCCACUGGAGAACAACUAUACCAGAGUGCCAACUGGCCUGUAAUGGCGGCCAAGAGUAUCAGGUCUGCCCGAACGAGUGCACUCGCACGUGUUCUAACAUCGCCAACGACCAGGGCUGCGUUCAGUCAUCUGUGUGCGCCGAAGGGUGCGCCUGUCCCGCCGGUCAGACUCUUGACGACUAUGGCAACUGUUUAUCCAUCUCCAAAUGUCCCUGUUUGUUUGCGGGCAAUGAAUUCCUGCCCGGCAUCACCGUGGGACGUGGCGAUCAGAUCUGCACGUGCGUGGACGCUCGUUGGGCAUGCGCAGCUAAGACGAUUCCAAUUCCGACGACAAACAUCUGUAAGCCCAAUCAAGAGUUCUCCAGCUGUAUAUCCUCGUGCCCGAUGACAUGUGAGAACAUGCAUGAUUCCAUAUCGUGCAACACGACCACGUGCGUAGAAGGGUGCAUCUGUAAGCCCGGAUAUGUGAAAGAAGGUAACGACUGUGUCCUGAAGGCCGACUGUCCGUGCUACCACGGUAGCAAGGCUUACAAAGAGGGGGAAAAGUUCACCAUGGAUUGCAACGAAUGCACGUGUCGUAGCCGGAUGUGGGUUUGUGAACAGAAGGAUUGCCCCGCCGUGUGUAGCGCUUAUGGCGACUCUCAUUAUACCACGUUCGAUGGACGCUCGUUCGAGUUCCAGGGUAGCUGUGACUAUGUGUUCGCGAAAUCAUCAGAGACUUCUCCCGUAAAGUUCGAGAUCACCACAGAGAACAUUCCUUGUGGAACCACGGGUGUCACGUGCACCAAGUCUAUCUCGUUUAGCAUUGGAGAACAAGGAACUGCAAACUUCUUCCGGAUCCAGCUAGUGAAGGGAAAACAAGUAAUUGCCGACGCCGACUCCCCUUUCACCUUGAGGGAGGUUGGGAACUUCAUCAUCAUAACCACGCCCCAGGGGAUAACACUGGAGUGGGACAAAGGCACCAGGCUCUACCUCAAACUGAGCACACAACACAAGGGACAGGUUGUUGGGUUAUGCGGUAAUUUUAACGGGAACCAGAAGGAUGACUUCUCCACGCCCCAGGGCGGCCCUUCCGCUUCCAAGGCAACCUCGUUUGCUGACAGCUGGAAGUUGCACGGGUACUGUGCCGAAUCAAAGGAAAUCGAAGAUACUUGCGCGGCGAACACGGAACGUGGCCCCUGGGCUCAGAAGCAGUGUAGCGUCCUGUCCAGUAAAUUGUUCGAGGCAUGCCAUCCUGUUGUUGCUUACCAGGAGUUCAUUGACAGGUGCGUGUUUGACGCAUGCGCGUGUGACACGGGCGGGGACUGUGAUUGUUUAUGCACGGCUGUAGCAGCCUACGCCCAGCAGUGUUCUAUGAGCGGUGUCACCAUCAAAUGGAGGACAGAGGAGUUCUGCCCGAUCAUGUGUGAGAACUGCAAGACGUAUAACCCCUGCAUCUCGAUUUGUCCAAUGAAGACGUGCGACAACCGCCUGGUAUACGACACGCUCAUACAGGACUGUGGCCAGGAGACGUGUGUGGAGGGAUGCGACAUUGAGCCCUGCCAGCCAGGUCAAGUGUAUGAGAGCAACAAGGAACCAUUCAAGUGUAUUCCUGAGGCGUUCUGUAAUACAACCUGCCUUACAUUAAACGGGAAGGAGUAUAAGGAAGGGGAGAGAAUCCUGGAUUCAACCAUCUGUAGAAUGGACUGCGAAGUCUGCUACUGUGACCAGCACCAGGUGAAGCGUACCGGCGUCUGCACAGGCACCCCGCCACCGGUAAGUAGCACCGUCACCUCCUCGGUAACCGUCUCCACACCAAUCUUCACUGCCUCCCCGACCGUCCCCACCAUGACAGCCAAGUGUGUCCAGAAUGGUUCCACAGCCUGGAUGAGCGUAUCAGUCCCGACUCCCUACAACCAGGGUGACGUUGAUUCCAUCCGGAACCUCCGAAGUCAAUACACAUUCUGUGACGCCAGUCAGAUGACAGCUAUCGAAUGCCGUGUCGUUGGAACAACAACGUCAUCUGCUGCUGCUGGGCAACGCGUGUUUUGUGACCUGAGGAACGGGCUGAAGUGUUACCAUAGCGACCAGAAUCCGGGAGAACAAUGCCAUAAUUACGAAGUCAGGGUCACUUGUGACUGCAGUCUGCCACACACCACCACUGUUGCUCCAAACACGCUUCCCACAGGCUCCCCAACCCCUCGGCGAAUGGACUUGGGCACAUCCACCACCACACUUCAUCCAAACCAAACCUUUGUCACGCCUCCUAAGCCUCCCUCGACAUCAACCGAGUGUAAAGAGCCCGGAUGGACAAACUGGAUGAACAGCGUGAAACCUGUGGACGGGAAUGACAUAGAAUUCCUACCCGGUCUUGUCAAGAGCUUUGGAUUCUGUCGGGAAGACCAGAUCGCCUAUACUCAAUGUCGACGAGUUUCAGACAAACUGAGUUUUGAUGACACCGAAGACCUUCAGACCGUGUGUAGCACUAAGGCUGGUUUUGCCUGUUAUGGUUCAAACCAACCCGACGGCCGAUGUGACGACUAUGAAUUCAGGGUUUACUGCCAAUGUGAAAACAGCGUGUGUGACAAGCAGCUCAUCAGUGAUGUUCGGUCAGUGGGCGACACACAGUUCACGGCAUCGACUUCUGUUAGCAGCUCAACUGCCGCCAUGGCGCGCCUGGACAGCGUGAGCGGAUGGCGGGCGGCUUCCGGCGACAGAACACCCUGGGUGCAGGUCAACUUUCAGGAGCCCGUCACCGUUGCCGGCGUCAUUACACAGGCUGUAAAGGACGGAUCGGCGUACACCUCCAAGUAUACACUAUCCUACGGUAGUUUCAACUGCUCCAACUUCCAGACCUACACCGAUACCGACGGGAAACCAAUGGUUUUCGAGGGUAACACAGGAGGCUCCGGUGAUGUUCAACAUAUUUUGCUUGAAGAGAUAAGGGCUGUAUGUGUAAGGUUAAGUCCAAUUGAAUUUACCGGCGCUCCAGCCCUGAGAUUUGAUAUCCUUGGAUGCCGCAAACACAUUCCCUUAACGCCUUUAACCACAACCACUCCCAUGCCUACUCUAAGUGGACAUGUCACCGGUGUCACUACCGUGAGCAGCAACAUAACCACGCCCAUGCCCUUCAUCUGCGUUCCUGGAUGGACACCGUUCAUAAGCGUUGACACGCCCGGAGCUCUUAACACCUGGGAAAAGAGCGGACCGGGUGACACUGAACCAAUUACCGAACUCCGGAAUCUGUACGGCUUCUGUGCUUACCCAACCGGUAUCCAGUGUAGGACUAAGUUCGAUAAACUUCCGUACACGAUGUCCCUUGAUUUCGAUACUGUCUGCAACCUUGAGAAAGGAUUCGAAUGUCUGAAUUCUGCACAGGAUGGCAUGGAAUGUGGAGACUAUGAAGUCAGCUUUCAGUGCGACUGUGGAACAACCUCGCAAAUCCCAACGACAAUUUCAAAUGUAACUGGUACACCAUCGCCUCCAAAACCCGCUUGCGGAUGGACUAAUUUCAUAAACAGCUAUCCUAGAACACCGACAAGCACUGGCGACUACGAAACGAUUCAUAACGUUAGGAUGAAGUAUGAGUUCUGCGAGUUUCCCGUGCGAAUCGAAUGCAGGGAUACGGAAACGAAAAAAGACUAUAGGACUAUCAGUCAGGCAGGUGUAUCUUGUGAUGUCAACCGGGGUCUUGUCUGUGAAGACAACGGUCAAUCUGGAGGAAAAUGCAAGGAUUAUGAAGUAAGACUGUACUGCGUUGAUGCAUGCAGUUCCACAAUAAAUCCGACAGGACAUGCAACUGGUACGACGACUCUCACUCCACCAGGCCAGUCAUUCCGUACACCAACCUUGACGUCACCAGGCCACGGCAACGGUACACCAACAUUGGUGCCGACAGACAAAGCAAACAGAACACCAUCCAUGACUACAGCAGGCAAGGUCACCGCCACACCGACCCUGAAGCCACCAGGACAAAGCACCGAUACGCCGACAUACACACCGCCCGGCCAGUCCUCAGGAACACUAACUCUGGCACCACCAGGCAUGACCACGGGAAUACAAACCUUGACACCGACAGGAAAAACCAGUGGUACACCAACCCUAACGAAACCUCGCCAAGGCACCGAUAUUCCAACACUGACACCAACAGACCAAGUCACCGGAACACCAACAUUGACGCCAACAGGCAAUAUCAUUGGCACACCAACAAUGACACCACCAAGCAAAGCCACCGACACAACUACCCUGACGCCACCAGGCCAGCGCAUCGGUACACCAACAUUGACGCCAACAUACAAAAUCAACGGCACACCAACAAUGACGCCAACAGGCCAGCACACCGGUUCGCCAACACUGACGACAACAGGCAAAGUCAACGGCACACCAACAAUGACGACAACAGGCAAAGCCACCGACACAACUACCCUGACGCCACCUGGCCAGCGCACCAGUCCACCAACACUGACGACAACAGGCAAAGUCAACGGCACACCAACAAUGACGCCACCAGACCAGGGCACCGAUACGACGACUCUCACACCACCCGGCAUCUCGUCCAGAACACCAACCCUGACACCACCACGCAUGUCGUCCGGAACACCAACCCUGACACCAACAGGCAAAGCCAAUGGCACAGCAACAAUGACACCACCAGGCACCCACACUGACACACCUACCCUGACACCACCAAGCAAGGCCACCGAUACACCGUCUCUCAAACCUACAUCAGGCCAGACCACAGGAACACAAACACUAACGCCAACAGGCAAAGCCAGUGAUACACUGACAAUGAAACCACCAGGCAAAGUCACCGGCACACCGACCCUGACACAACCAGGCCAGGGCACUGCUACGCCGACUCUAAAACCACCCGGCCAGUCAUCUGGAACUCCAACCCUUACAUCACCAGGCAAGGCCACAGGAACACCAACCUUGAUAUCACAAGGAAUAGCCACCGGUAAACAAACAGUGACGCCGACCCUAAUACCACAAAGCAAAGCCAGUGGUACACCUACUCUUACGCCACCUGGCCUAGUCAAUGGUACAACACUGUCACUAACAAGCCAAGCACCCGGUUCGUCAACCCUUAAGCCACCUGGCAAAAUCACCAAUACACCUACUCUUGCGCCACCAGGUCAAGCCAAAGGUACGCCAACCUUUAUAUCACAAGGCAUAGCCACCGGUACACCAACAGUGACGCCACCAGAAAAAGCCAAUGGCACACCGACCCUAAUACCACAAAGCCAAGCCACCGGUACACCUACUCUUACGCCACCUGGUACACAAACACUGUCACCAACAGGCCAAGUCCGUGGUUCUACUGGUACGCCUACUCUAACCCCGACAAGCCAAGUCACCCGCAUACCGACCCUGACACCACCAGAACAUGACACGGGUACACCAACCCUGACAACACCUACCAUUACGCCUACACGUUCCGGUCCACCAAUUCCCCCGGGAACCGGUACCCCAACAUUUACACCACCGUAUAACUUAAUUUGCAAGGAAGGCUGGACGGACUGGAUUAAUUUGGGGAAUCCAGCAAAAUCUGAAGGAGACUUCGAAACUUACAAAAACAUUCAAGGUUAUCCAAAUACCUGUGAGGAAGUCGUGGCCGCGGAGUGUCAGAUCGCAUCUACCGGUCAAAACUAUAUGUACUCAGGCCAGGCUGUGUCUUGUAGUCCAGAAGGCUUAAUGUGUGAGGACGGGCCAUCCCAGAAGUGUGUCGACUACAAGAUUAAGUUCUUCUGCUCAUGUCCCUUAGAGAGGACAACUCCUCGUGUCACCACCAUCGUUAAGCCUCCCCCAGGCGUGGGCAGUGUUACACCCACAAUGACCCCGCCAGGCGUGAGCAGUGGUACACCCACAAUGACCCCGCCAGGCGUUGGCAGUGGUACACCCACAAUGACCCCGCCAGGCGUGGGCAGUGGUUCACCUACAAUGACCCCGCCAUCACAGAAAACUGGUGUACCGACAAUGACUCCCCCAAGCGUAACCGGUGUCCCAGGGACGACGGGACAUUACAACUGCACACAAGGUUGGACUUCCGCUAUGAGCGUCACCACUUCUGCCAUUACCGGGGACGAAUUAGAGACAAUCAGUGACUUGAGGAGAAAAUACGAGUUUUGUGACGACGAGAUGAUUGUGUCAAUAAGGUGCGCCGAUCUGAUCUCCGAAAAGACCGCCGAAGAGUUGGGUCAAAAGGUCACGUGUGACAUGAUUCAAGGCCUCAUCUGUAAGGGUGCAGACCAGGCCGGUGGCAAGUGUGCGGACUACACGGUGCAGCUUUACUGCGACUGUGAAGCCCCCUUGAUGACCACUACCUUAGCUCCUCCAAUUAUACCAGGCGGUACCCCAGAGCUUCGUCCACCAUACCACGAGCAAGUCACGCCAACACUGAAGCCUAACUUGCACCCAGGAGAGAGCCCAGUCACGCCCCGAAAAUCAUGUGAUAUGCCCCUUGGAGUAACAGACAGGCAGAUCGUGUCAGAUAGCCAACUUUCAGCUUCGACUUCCUUCAAUUUUAGCUACGAAGCAACUAAUGGUCGUCUGAUGCAGCAACCUUCAGGAACGAACGGAGGAGCGUGGAUGCCAAGAUUCUUCGAUACUCAACAAUUCAUUCAAGUGGACUUCGGUCACCCCGAAAAAAUAUCCGGAGUGGUAACACAAGGACGACAGGACACUGACCAAUGGGUGGAAUCAUUCCUGAUCGAGACCAGUCUUGACGGUAUUCACUGGUACAAGUACGUGGACCGCGAUUCCAAGAAAGCCUACACCAUAUUCCCUGCAAACUUUGACCGCAACACGGCCGUCAAGUCUUUCUUCGACCGUGAGGUAGACGCCCAAUACUUGCGCAUCGUACCAAUGACAUGGAAAGGCAAGAUUGCCCUUCGUUUUGACGUGCUGUCUUGUUAUGGUCGGUCAAAAACGCAGCCUCCGGGCCAUUACACGACGGAGAGGCCAACAGUCACCACGCCAACCUCAGUUGAACCAACACCCCCUCCUUUGUGCUUGGAGCCCAUGGGUAUCGACAACCCGAUGCUCGUAAAAGACGGUCAGCUUACCUCUAGCUCUAACCUUGACUCGAUGCACGGUGCGGCUGCUGGCAGAUUAUAUAACGAGUUUACUGGAUGGGCCCCUGUUUCGACUUCCGGUAAGCAGUGGCUACAGGUAGAUCUACUAGAGCCCCGCUAUGUUUCCGGUAUCCUCACUCAGGGCAUCCCAGACAAGGACAUGUGGAGUGUACAAUAUGUUGUCUCCUUCUCCAAUGAUGGCAAUACCUUCACCGCUUACUCGGAAAAGAAUGGUGGACUCCCUAUGGUGUUUAAUGCCAACAACGAUCGAAACUCCAUCGUCAAGAUGAUGUUUAACCGAAACAUUGUUGGACGAUAUGUCAGAGUCACGCCUAUUGAAGGAGGCUGGGCGGGUAUCGGACUGAGGUUUAACCUGAUUGGCUGCUUUAACAUAUCGACUACGGCACCGCCCAUGACAACCCAGACAGUGGUACCACCUACUCUGUCAUUCGCCCUCCCAAACAUGACAACACAGAUUAUCCCAGUGUGUACCAUCCCCAUGGGUAUUGGCAACCGUUACACAAUCGGAGCCAAUCAGAUCUCAGCUUCCUCCAGCCUCGAUAUCGAGCCGAUAUCAUCUUGGUCGUCAGGAAUCAAGUUGCCAUGGACACCUGUGCCCACGGAUCCCCACCCGUAUGUCCAAGUAGACUUCUUGGAGCCAAAAGCUCUCUCUGGUGUGCUUAUUCAAGGCAGCCCGUACAAGUCUGAAUGGGUAACAUCCUACCAGGUUUACAUAAGCUUAGAUGGCAAUACAUGGACACCAUACUCCGACAUCGUAAAUGCUAAAAUACCUACGACUUUCAAAGGCAACAAUGAUAACACUGGACAGGUUACUAAUUUGUUUAACAGGAACAUCUAUGGUAGAUUUAUAAGGAUCUAUGCAAUCAGUUUCCACACAGCUGCUACCAUGAUCUUUGAGGUCUUCGGAUGUAAUCCAUCAGAGGCUGUCAACAUGACAACAACAGAGUCUCCAAGCGGUGUCAGCACACUUACAACCACUGUGUCCCCACCGGCGGGCUCCAAGAACACCCCGACCAUAACUCCACCUUCACGGACUGGUACCCCAAACACACAAGGCUUUGGACAGACUGUGUCAUUUACAACUCCAACCUACGUGGCUCCCCCAACAGUGUGUCUGACGCCAAUGGGUCUUGAGUACACCCGAACCGUGUUUGAUCAUCAGAUCACUUCCUCUUCAAAAAUAAAUGAGCUCACUGGGGCCUCACAAGGCAGAAUUCACAGUAACUCUAGCUGGAUACCUAGUCAUAACGACUCAUCUCCAUGGAUCCAAGUCAACUUUGAAAAGCCAAAACUUCUGAGCGGUAUUUUGAUACAGGGAGAAAACGGCGGGCAAAGAUGGGUCACCAAAUACACAGUGGAUUUCAGCAUGGACGGCAACACCUUCUAUCCAUACACCCUCCUUCUUGGCGACUCCAAACCCGUUGUGUUUAGCGGUAACAACGACAGCAACUCACUGGUCAGACAGCUUUUCAACAGGAACGUCACAGCGCAGUACAUACGUAUUCACCCUAAAGAAUGGCAUGGAAAUGCAGCAGCUAUUCGGUUCAACAUCAUCGGUUGCAACCCAGACAGUCCACAGACACCGACUGUAACGACUCUCAGUCCCUCUGUCACCACACCAACCAACGGAACAGGUGUCGGAACCACGACCGUGUACGAGCAUAUCAGCACCAUCUCGGGAAUGGUUAUGUUCCCGCCUUCACUGUGUACGGUACCAAUGGGGGUUGCAAACACUCUGAUAGUCAAAGAUCAACAGUUGAGUGCCUCAUCAUCCAAGGAUAUGUUCAGUGGCGCCGAGAGGUCGCGAUUUGAUGCCCAGAAGGAUGGUAGUUUCUACGGCGGCUGGGUUGCAGGAGAAAAUAACAUGAAGCAGUACAUCCAAGUGGAUUUUCUGGCACCAUACUACGUUGGUGGAAUUAAGACUGAAGGACGCUCGGACAAAGACCAAUGGGUUACGCAGUACGAGAUCUACUACAGCACGGAUGGGAAACACUAUAGCGCUCUGCCCAAGUCCUUUCUGGAUAGCUCGCCAAUGGUGUUCGACGCAAAUAAGGACUCCGGCACGCCUGUUACAAACUUGUUUAACCUCGUUGCCGCACGAUGGAUCAGAAUCCACCCAGUCGAAUGGCACAACGCCAUUGCUGUGAGAUUCGAGGUUCUGGGCUGCAUGUCUCCGUCACGAUCACGGCUUUCGACCACCGCCCUUCCCACCACUCCUACUUCUCAAAUGUCUGUAACUGGUACCCGCCCACUUGGUACCGGUUCCACCACCGGCACCACGCCAGCCUCCAGUGUUAGCCCAACUGCCUGUGCAUACUGGACACCUUGGGUGAGCGCCAGCAAGCCAGAUAAGGAGGGGGAAUACGAGUCAGCCUGGCAGUUGAAACAACUUGUUACUUUCUGCGACUACCAGUACGUCCAACAGACCGAGUGUAGGACUACAGGUACGCACAUUCCGUACGAUCAGACUGGCGAGAAUGGUGUGAUUUGCAACAAUGACUUGAAGGGCCUUCUUUGCUACGCCAAGAACCAAACCGACGGCAGUUGUCUCGAUUAUGAAAUCCGUGUCUUCUGUGACGAAUGUGCAUCUACACCAGCAGUUACAACACCGGCUCCUAUGACGUGUAACCCACGCUGGCUACCUUGGAUUAACCACAUGACACCAACAAACGAAUUAAGCUACGUUGAGCACGAGUUCAUGAGCCUUCAGAAACAACAAGAACUUUGCUUCGAUGGCAAAAUCACUCGAAUUGAAUGUCAAACAAUAUAUGGAGUUAGCUUCCACAGUGCUGGGUCAAUAGGCUCUACCUGUGAAAUUCUUAGCGGUCUUACCUGCAAAAACAGUGACAACUAUCCUGUUCCAUGUGAUGACUUCCAGGUCCGAUACUACUGCGACUGUGCGCCGAGACAAACACUCCACCAGAACCAAACAGGCUUUUCAACAGGCACUCCGACAAUAACUCCAACGGGCUACACAGGAACUGGCACUCCGACAACAACUUCUCCUGGCUAUUCCGAAACUGUCACUUCGACAAUAAGACCACCUGGUUACACAGGCAUUGCGACUCCGACACAGAAACCUGGCGUUAACAACAACGGCACUCCAACCGUAACACCGCCAGGUAAUACGGGCACAGGUACUCCAACAAUCACUCCUCCUGGCUACACCGGAACUGGCUUUCCGACAAUCACUCCAACGGGCGACAUCGGAACUGGCUCUCCGACAAUCACUCCAACGGGCGACACCGGAACUGGCACUCCUACAGUAAGACCACCUGGAUAUACAGGAACUGGCACUCCGACACAGAAACCUGGCAGAAACGACAACGGCACUCUGACAUUAUCACCACCAGGUAAUACAGGUACAGAUUCACCGACAAUCACUCCUCCUGACUACACCGGAACUGGCUCUCCGACAAUAACUCCAACGGGCGACAUCGGAACUGGCUCUCCGACAAUCACUCCAACGGGCGACACCGGAACUGGCACUCCUACAGUAAGACCACCUGGUUAUACAGGAAGUGUCACUCCGACACAGAAACCUGGCAGAAACGACAACGGAACUCUGACCUUAUCACCACCAGGUAAUACGGGUACAGGUUCACCGACAAUUACUCCUCGCGUCUACAACGGAACUGGCACUUCGACUAUAACUCCAACGGGUUCCACUGGAUUUGGCACUCAGACAAUAACUCCAACAAGUAACACCGGAACUGGCACUCUGACAAUAACUUCAACAAACUACAUCGGAACUAGCACGCGGACAGAAAGACCACCUGGUUAUACAGGCACUCCAACCUUAAUACCACCAGGUUAUACGGGUAAAGGCUCACAGUCAAUCACUCCUCCUGGCUACACGGGGACUGGCACUCCAACUCUCCCUCCGACAGGCUAUUCUGGUACAGGAAUUCCAACUGUUUCACCAACAGGACAUUCAGGAGGGACACCAACACUCACACCAACUACUUGUGCUAUUGUCACUAAAUGGUCAUCUUGGGUCAACCGCCAUACACCGGAUGCAACUACAGAUGAAAUCGAGAGCAUGACAGCUGCUGAAAAAUUAACAUUCUGUGGCUUAGGAAAGAUUAUUGCUGUUGAGUGUAAAACUAUCGAUAACAUACCAAGUUACAGUGCGGGAGACUUUGGUUUUAAGUGUGACAUAACCAAUGGUGCCACGUGUGUAGCCAUGGAUAACUUCCCUAUUGGUUGCCAAGACUAUAUGAUCAGAUACCAAUGUCGAGAGCAAAUUUGUGGUGGUAACCAAACCACCGAUGGUACCGGAACCGGAACUUUCAGUCCAAAGGUACCCAGUAAGAACACACCGACGUUGACACCAUCCGGCGGAAGCACGGCCACACCCACGGCGGUCCCCACCACCGUCUGUGCCACAACAACACGCUGGAGCAGUUGGUUGAAUCGGGACAAACCGACCACAGGAGAAGGGGAUAAGGAGGUAAUGACCGGUGAAGAAAAACAGAAAUUCUGUCCAAGUGGCGCAAUUGCGACAGUGGAAUGUGCUUCAAUCGAUGGCGUACCGUCUUACCAGAGUAUGGACAUAGUGGACUGUAACCCGAUUACUGGAGUCUUCUGUGACAACAGUGUGAAUAUGGGAAUGUGUGCAGACUACAUGAUUCGGUACCAGUGUGAGGAGACAACAUGUACAGGACCUACCCUGCCACCAACUACACAGAGCCAGUCUACACUCACUACUCCACAGUUCUCUCGCACAACCACAUCUCCAGGCCAAGGCGUGAUACUGACUACGUAUACUCAUACAGAGACAACGCAUACAGGAACGGUAUCCACUUUCAAACCGCCAAAGUUUGCCUCAUCUACAGCCCACCCAAACACGUCUGGAAACAAAACACCAACACAAUCACCGUCGUUGAUAUGUGAGACAAAAAAUCGUUGGUCUAUGUGGAUUGACAGAAGUACACCUGGAAUCAAUGGGACUGGUGAUCACGAAUACAUGACAACCACGGAGCUCCAGCGAUUUUGCGCUAGAGGAACAAUUAGUGGUGUUGAAUGCCAAACCUUUGAUGGUACCAAUUUCGAUAAAACUCCAGACUUUGUGACUUGCACUAUGGAAAACGGUCUUGUAUGUGACGGGGCAGAGAACUUUCCGAUAACCUGCAUGGACUAUAAAAUGCGAUAUGAAUGCAUAGAAGAAAUCUGUCAAACGCCAACUGGCCUUCCUUCAAGUGCUGCAGGUACACCAACAGCCCAUCCAUCGAGUGUCACUGGAGGUGUUCCAACUGUAAGACCACCGGGAUCCUAUACAGGAACCCCGACAUUGCAACCACCAGGUGUAACGGGUGAGCCAACGGCCCGUCCACCAAAUGCCACAGGCGGAGUACCCACUGAAACACCCAAGGCGUUUUACACUGGUACACCAACAAUGCACCCAACUGGAGUUUCUGGCGAGCCGACGGACCAUCCACAGAAUGCCUCAGGCGGCGUACCCACUGUAACACCCAAGGCGUUGUACACUGAUACACAAACAAUGCAACCAACUGGAGUUUCUGGCGAGCCAACAGCCCGUCCACCAAAUGCAACAGGCGGAGUACCCACUGAAACCCCUAAGCGUUCUUACACUGAUAUCCCAACAAUGCACCCAACGGGAGUUUCCAGAGAGCCAACAGCCCUUCCACCGAAUUCAUCAGGCGGGGUACCCACUCUUACACCUAAAGAAUCUAACACUGGUAUUCCAACAAUGCACCCUACGGGAGUUUCCGGUGAGCCAACGGCCCUUCCACCGAAUUCAUCAGGCGGGGUACCCACUCUUACCCCUACGGAAUCUAACACUGGUACUCCAACAAUGAACCCUACGGGAGUUUCCGGUGAGCCAACGGACCAUCCACCAAAUUCAUCAGGCGGAGUACCCACUCUUACCCCUAAAGAAUCUAACACUGGUACUCCAACAAUGCACCCUACGGGAGUUUCCGGUGAGCCAACGGCCCUUCCACCGAAUUCAUCAGGCGGGGUACCCACUCUUACCCCUAAAGAAUCUAACACUGGUACUCGAACAAUGCACCCUACGGGAAUUUCCGGUGAGCCAACGGCCCUUCCACCGAAAUCAUCAGGUGGGGUACCCACUCUUACCCCUAAAGAAUCUAACACUGGUACUCCAACAAUGCACCCUACUGGAGUUUCUGGCGAACCAACGGCCCAUCUAUCAACCGGCCGUACUGGUAUACCAUCCGUCAAUCGCUGUACACAGAGUCAUUGGAGCUCAUGGAUUAACAGAGAUAACCCUAACAUUGGUGUCGGCGACUACGAAAGUAUGACUGACAAAGAGAAGGCUGAUUUCUGUAUUGGUGGCAAUAUCAAGAGUAUUGAGUGCGUCACAACCGACGGGGUUGCUUCCUACAGCUCCGGAGAAAUAAUGUCAUGUACGCUUCUUAACGGAUUUUCUUGCAACAAUCAACAUAAUGCUCCGGUCCCUUGCAGUGACUACAAAAUCCGAUACUUCUGCCUGUGUGAAGGUAUGUUCACAUUCGUUGUUAAACCCACAUCUACCAUUCCGUUUAACGGUACGCUACCCCCGACCCUGCAUCUGACAUGCGGCUGGUCUCCGUGGCUAAAUGGUGAUAGACCAAAUUUCGGAUCCGCAGAUGCAGGCGACCUCGAAACAAUAGGGUCUCUUAAAACCAAGUUUGGUCUCUGCAAGAAUAUCGUUGAUAUUGCAUGUCGCGUUGCUGGUACGGACACACUGGCUGAUGCUGCAGGACAGACGGAGGUGCUUUGUGAUUCGGUGAAUGGACUGCGUUGCUACAACAGAGACCAGCAGGGAGGAAUGUGCUACGACUACGAGGUCAGUGUGCUCUGCUGGGCUGCUGAAUGUUCCCAACAGGUCACUCCAACAUUAGUGACGGGAGCCAAUAGAACCACUGUAUCUCAAUUUACAGUCGUAUGCCCACCUGGCGAGGUCUGGGAAUCAUGUGCACAGAACUGCAGCGAUCUCUGUGAAAGUUACGCCCAGUCGACCGGCCUGUGUAACUCGGAAAAUCCGUGCGUACCAAUGUGCAGGAACCCAAUCGUUAAGCAUAAAUGCGCCCUCGGUGAACUGCUUAAGGACAAGAAUACUUGUGUGGCAAAGCAGAUGUGUCCUUGCAUCAAACCGGACGGUUCCGUUGCGCAGGCAUACGAGACAUGGCCUAGCCCUACCGACAACUGCUCCCUGUGUCAGUGUUCGAACAAUGAGAUCAACUGCAAAACAUAUGAAAACUGUUAUGCCAUACCCCAGGCAACAACAACUACACUUAUACCACCCAUGUUGAACGGCAGCAUCCCUACUAUCCGGCCAAUUAUUACAUAUCCCGAUUGCGGCUGGACUGCUUGGAUCAACAGCGACAGACCAUCGUAUGGAAACGGCGAUUUUGAGAUUAUCUCCAAUAUCCGCCGUUUACACCAUUUCUGUGUUAGUCCUCUUCUUAUUGAGUGCAGGGAUAUUCGUACCCACACCGCCGUGAAAGACGGGUCUCAGAAGGUCUCCUGUGAUGUUACAACUGGAUUGAAGUGCUUGAACACGGACAAUGCGGGAGGAUGUAACGACUAUGAAAUCAGAUUCUUUUGUCCAUGCGUUUCGACAACAGUUUCACCCAACCCAGGUUCGAAUAGAACUCCAACACAGCAUCCGAUAAGCGCCUCAACCGGCUUUCCUAGUGAGAAACCAAAUAGAAACUUCAACAAAACAACAACAAAACAACCCAUGAGCGUAUCUGGUGGAACUCCAACACUGCAACCAACGAUGAAUAAUACUACUACCAACAGUCAUUCAACAAAACAACCAGUGCAUAGUGGAGUUACACCGACAAUGUCACCAACGGCACCAGGCGUUGGUGUGUCUACUGCUGGACCAGUCCUUUGCGGUUGGACGACUUGGAUGGACGGGCAUAAGCCUGAUGCUUCCACAGGCGAAUCUGAAACGUUUUCAGAACUGAGAACUAUAUACCAGUUCUGCAAAGACAUUGAUAUCCAGGGCAUUGAAUGUAGGAUAAAAGAUACGCAUGCAAUGAUCAAUCAAACAGACCAAGUUAAUGUCAUGUGUACCAUUGCAUCUGGUGGUUUAAUGUGCUUCGGCUUCGAACAGCCAACAGGCCGGUGCUUGGACUACGAAAUCCGUAUUUUCUGUGAACCAGCGGGACAGGUUUGUUCUGGUACAUCAACUGGCAAACCAUCAGCCGGCAGUUCCAGCCUUACACCAACAUUGCCACCACCUGAGCACACAAACGGCUCCCCAACAAACAAACCACCUGGAAUGUCAGCCAAAUUGCCCACCGCUUUCCCACCGGGAAUGUCAACUAAAUUGCCCACAGCUCACCCACCAAGAAAAUGCGUAGAGAGAUGGUCGCCUUGGAUAAACAGAGACACACAGCCAGACGGAAAGGAGCAUGAACACAUGAAUGCGACAGAAAAGGCGACAUUCUGUGUCGACGGCAGGGUGUCUGGAAUCGAGUGUAUGACCAUCGAUAACAUUGCUAGCUACAGUUCUGGCGAGAUCCUUGAAUGCUCCAUGGAAAAUGGACUUAUCUGUGAGGACGCUGUGAACGCACCAAUUCCAUGCAGUGAUUACAAAGUCAGAUACCACUGUGAAUGUCCAGCCCUUAUUCCGACUAAUCCGCCAACAACAGUCACCGUUCCCUACAUUCCCCCAGUCGUUUGUCGUGAGAAAAUGGGAAUGGAAAACGGGCAUAUUGUGACCAACAUGAUCAGUGUCUCCUCAUCUCGAGACGGCAACCUUAACCCAGCCUCUGCCCGACUUAACAGCCACGGCGCAUGGACACCAAACCAUAACGAUCAGAAACAGUAUAUCCAGGUGAACUUCCUGAAGCCCAUGCUGCUGACAGGAAUAAUCACACAGGGACGCGAAAACAGCGGUUCGUAUGUGACAUCAUACAAAGUUCUCUUCUCUAAUGACGGCUUCAUUUGGUCACCAUACCAGGAUUAUGGACAAGACAAGAUUUUUUCCGGCAACAACAACUCCGGAUCAAUGGCUACCAACUGGUUUGACCAUCCAAUCAGAGCGCAGUACAUUCGAGUUGUGCCGCUCACCUGGAAGGGAGUUAUUGCCUUGAGGAUGGAACUUCUUGGCUGUUACGAGGGUUACCCAAGUGUCACGACCGUACCUCAACCAACUUCCACUCAAUCAGUUGUUACACCAAAUACACCACCGACUGUUUCGAACAGCUGUAUCUUUUGGGAUGUCUGGGUCAAUGAAGGUCAUCUGACUUUGACCUCGGGCGGAGACUCCGAGCCAAUAUCCGCACUCCAAUCCUUGUCUGAACGGUGCACAACUCCAAUCAUGAUCGAUUGCGUCCGGGCCAGCGACGAGCUUCCGUAUGACCAGGCUGGCCAGAAGGUCAAGUGCGACCUCUGGAAUGGACUACAGUGCUUUAAUGCGGACAAUUCUCCACUGUGCUACGACUACAAGGCUAGAUUAGGUUGCCUGAAGAACAAAACAGAAUGUUUGAACUCAGUCAGUACCACUCAACCCGGCACGACGAGCACUGUCAACAAACGGGUUCUCCGGUGCUUCGAAGGUCUGGAUAUCUCCGCCUGUCCCAAGGAUGGCUGUGCAGAUGGACUCUACUGUGAUGGUCGCCAGUGUGUCACCAAGGACAAGUGCCCAUGUUUGGUGGAUGGACAGAUUCUCAUGUCUGGAGGAUUCAAGGAGAGGUCCAACUGUGAAACGUGCCAAUGUAUCGCUGGCGAAGUAAAUUGCGAACCAAAAAAAUGUUCGCCUUGUCUCCAGGGAUUCUCGUUGGUGAUUAACAAGACAACCUGUGAAUGCUCAUGUCGGUCUUGCCCUCCGGGCGAGUUCCGGUGCGGAAAUGGAGAGUGUAUCCCGCAGGAGAGGCGAUGUGAUGGAAUCAUCGACUGUAUUGAUGAUGAAGUUGGUUGUGUGUCCACUCCGAUGUUUACACCACCAGUAUACGCAACUGCUACACCAACCCUCCCACCCAAAAUAAUAGGCACUGGCCAACCUACCGCUUUACCACCAGUUUCUGGUUCGACCACCUCAUUGCCCGGACAAGUGACCACUGGUGCCCCAGUCCAGUGUUCUAGCAACUGGUCAUCGUGGAUCAACACAGACACUCCCGAUAGUGGCGAUGGAGACAGAGAAUCCUGGACGGCUGCCCAGAAAGCUGCCUUCUGCCCAUAUGGCAAGAUAUCCCGUAUCGAGUGCAGGACAAUCGACGACAUUGCAUCUUACAGCUCCGGAGAAAUCAUGCAGUGUACCAUUGAGGGAGGAGCUGUCUGUUUGAAUGAUGAUAACUUCCCUGUACCAUGCAGUGACUACAAGAUCAAAUAUUUCUGCGAAUGUGCUGUAUCUCCGACGUUGCCCCCAACUGGCGCAUCUGGGGGUAUACCGACAGUUACUCCACCUGGCGUAAAAACACAGACUCCCAACCUUGUUUCUGGUUCGACCACCUCAUUGCCCGGACAAGUGACCACUGGUGCCCCAGUCCAGUGUUCUAGCAACUGGUCAUCGUGGAUCAACACAGACACUCCCGAUAGUGGCGAUGGAGACAGAGAAUCCUGGACGGCUGCCCAGAAAGCUGCCUUCUGCCCAUAUGGCAAGAUAUCCCGUAUCGAGUGCAGGACAAUCGACGACAUUGCAUCUUACAGCUCCGGAGAAAUCAUGCAGUGUACCAUUGAGGGAGGAGCUGUCUGUUUGAAUGAUGAUAACUUCCCUGUACCAUGCAGUGACUACAAGAUCAAAUAUUUCUGCGAAUGUGCUGUAUCUCCGACGUUGCCCCCAACUGGCGCAUCUGGGGGUAUACCGACAGUUACUCCACCUGGCGUAAAAACACAGACUCCCAACCUUGUUUCUGGUUCGACCACCUCAUUGCCCGGACAAGUGACCACUGGUGCCCCAGUCCAGUGUUCUAGCAACUGGUCAUCGUGGAUCAACACAGACACUCCCGAUAGUGGCGAUGGAGACAGAGAAUCCUGGACGGCUGCCCAGAAAGCUGCCUUCUGCCCAUAUGGCAAGAUAUCCCGUAUCGAGUGCAGGACAAUCGACGACAUUGCAUCUUACAGCUCCGGAGAAAUCAUGCAGUGUACCAUUGAGGGAGGAGCUGUCUGUUUGAAUGAUGAUAACUUCCCUGUACCAUGCAGUGACUACAAGAUCAAAUAUUUCUGCGAAUGUGCUGUGUCUCCGACGUUGCACCCAACUGGCGCAUCUGGGGGUAUACCGACGGUUACUCCGCCUGGCGUAAAAACACAGACUCCCAACCUUGGUAGAACCUUUGUUAACUUUAUGUCUAGUGAAUACCUUGAGAAGUCCUGGACGGCCGCCCAGAAGGCUGCCUUCUGUCCAUAUGGUAAGAUAUCUCGUAUCGAGUGCAGGACGAUCGACGACAUAGCAUCAUACAGUUCGGGAGAAAUAAUGCAGUGUACCAUUGAGGGCGGAGCGGUCUGUUUAAACAAUGACAACUUCCCUGUACCGUGCAGUGACUACAAGAUCAGAUACUACUGUGAAUGCACUGACUCUGCUGCAAGUACUUCAACCAGUCACGGACAAGUGACCACUCGUGCGCCUGUCCAGUGUACUAGCAAUUGGUCAUCGUGGAUCAACACGGAUACCCCUUACAGUAACGACGGAGACAGGGAGAAUUGGUCGGCCGCCCAGAAAACUGCUUUCUGUCCGCAUGGCAAGGUUACCCGUAUCGAGUGCAGGACAACGGACGAUAUCGCAUCUUACAGUUCAGGGGAAGUCAUGCAGUGUAGCCUUGAGGGCGGAGCUGUCUGUUUGAAUGAUGAUAACUUCCCUGUACCGUGCAGUGACUACAAGAUCAAAUACUUCUGUGAAUGUACAGCCGAAGCAACAUUACCACCACCUAUAGUGACAGGACAAUCGCCAAGGACAACCACAAUGGGACUACCACCAACUAUCCACACCACGAACAUUCACGGCGGGCCAUCGGUCGCUCCUUGCCUUACGCGCUGGUCAAGAUGGAUAAACCGGGACCAGCCAGACAGUGGAAUGGGCGAUAUUGAGAAGAUGAACGGUCAUGAACUAAGCGUGUUCUGUCCCGAAGGACGUAUCAAGGGUAUCGAAUGUGUCACAGUCGACGGUAAAGCGUCUUACAGCAAUGGGGAGGUGUUGUCCUGCUCCAUCAACAACGGACUUGAAUGUUUGAAUGACAACAACUUCCCAGUUCCGUGCAGUGACUACAAGAUUCGAUACUACUGUGACUGCGAAGUCCCACCAACACCAGGAAUAGCAAACCAUAACACGCCUGUUCCAGUAACCAAUUGCAUACCGGAGCAGUGUCUACCAAUGGUGAAGCCAGUAUUAAAAGAAGGGGAGGAGCUUCAGACAGUGAUAGACGCGAACGGGUGUUGCUUCCAGUACAUCGUAGUGUGUAAGCCGAACCUCUGUGCCCCGCCAAUUCUCAACUGCCCCGCCCCAAUGUCACUGGAACCAGUCACUGGAGAGUCUGACUGCUGUCUUACGUACAGAUGCAUGUGCCCUACCAUAUGUCCAACAACGACGAAACCUGUUUGCAAACCGGGCCAAGAUGCUGUUGAGAUACAAACCAAGUGUAAUUGCACGUCGUUUGCAUGUAUGACGACAAUUCCGGGCCAGAAGACGUGUCAAUAUAAACUAGCGGACAACACGACACAAACAUAUCAGAUUGGACAGUCUUGGUCUGACGGCGUCUGUACCCACUGUGCAUGCCUCGAUAGAGAGGGCGUGGCCGACAUUGUGUGUCAGAAGGAAACAUGUCCUUCUUGUCCACAGGGUUACAAGACUAUUGCCCGACCUGACUUUUGUUGCCUAGACUGCCAGCCAAAUGGAUGCAUUGUCAACGGAACUAUUUACAAGGACGGUGCUACAGUGGAGACGUCAAAGAAAUGCUACGACAAACUGUGCAUCUUUGACGCAGAACUCGACAUGUUCAUCGUGUCAGAGACCCACGUGCAAUGUCCUGCCUAUGAACAGUUGGCCGAUUGCAAGGCGAACGAGGAAGUAUACGACAUCACAGGCUGUUGCAUGAAAUGUCUACCUGAACGUAACGUCACAAGCCUUACAUGCCAGACAUGCGCUCCACGGCUCGUUGCUGGAAACCCCAACGAUACGAUUGGCUACUUCGCGAUUAUGGACAACAUGGAAGUUUGCAAAAACGUUGAACCUAUUCCCGACCUGCUUGAAUGUUCCGGUUUCUGCAAUUCGCGCUCUUCCUAUAGUCACAUGAUGCAGGGAUUCACCGAUAGUUGCAAUUGUUGUCAAUCAACCGGAAGUGAGACAAGGAACGUGCAACUUACGUGCACGAAUGGGAGGAAAGUCACGAAGUCAUAUUCUGUGCCGAAAUCUUGUGGCUGCAGUGCAUGUGUUGGCGCGAAAUAAGCUCGGGCAAAAGACACUACCUUUACUUGACAAUGCGAUAAAACGGAACGGACUUCCAAAAUGGACUUGAUCGACUUAACAAAUAUUUAUUUUAUUUAUAAAUUUCCAUAUCAUAAUGAAAUAGUUGUAAGCGUAUGUAAACGUUUGUUAUACAUCUUGAGAGUAAUUUCCUGUUGUAGCUACUAUUAAUUUACAAAGUCAUGUUUCUAUUGAUAAUCAUUUCGGAAUGUUAAAGUGCACAGGUACACUUUUGGGUUGACAUAUACCAUUUUGUUGUGAUUUGGAAAUAAAGCAUA